GGGCGGCUGCGGAUGCGGGUGGUGGCGGCUGGUGCGGCUGGUGCUGGGGUGGGACGCAGCCAUGGACAACGCGCACGCCAAGACAGUGGAGGAAUGCCUGGCCUACUUCGGCGUCAGCGAGACUACUGGCCUCUCGCCCGAGCAGGUCAAGCGCAGCCUGGAGAAGUACGGCCCCAACGAGCUGCCGGCGGAGGAAGGCAAGUCCAUCUGGGAGCUGGUGGUGGAGCAGUUUGAGGACCUGCUGGUGCGGAUCCUGCUGCUGGCGGCCUGCAUCUCCUUCGUGCUGGCCUGGUUUGAGGAGGGGGAGGAGACUGUCACAGCCUUUGUGGAGCCCUUUGUCAUCCUCCUCAUCCUCAUCGCCAAUGCCAUCGUUGGCGUCUGGCAGGAGCGCAACGCGGAGAAUGCCAUCGAGGCGCUGAAGGAGUACGAGCCCGAGAUGGGCAAGGUGUACCGCUCCGACCGCAAGUCCGUGCAGCGCAUCAAGGCCCGCGAGAUGGUGCCUGGUGACAUCACUGAGGUGGCCGUGGGGGACAAGGUCCCAGCCGACAUCCGCAUCCUCUCCAUCAAGUCGACCACCCUCCGCGUUGACCAGUCCAUUCUCACCGGUGAGUCUGUGUCCGUGAUCAAGCACACAGAACCUGUCCCUGACCCCCGCGCUGUCAACCAGGACAAGAAGAACAUGCUCUUCUCGGGCACGAACAUUGGGGCAGGCAAGGCCGUGGGCAUCGUGGUGGCGACAGGCGUGAACACGGAGAUUGGGAAGAUUCGGGAUGAGAUGGCGGCAACGGAGCAGGAGAAGACGCCGCUGCAGCAGAAGCUGGAUGAGUUCGGGGAGCAGCUGUCCAAGGUCAUCUCGCUCAUCUGUGUGGCCGUCUGGCUCAUCAACAUCGGCCACUUCAAUGAUCCUGUGCACGGCGGCUCCUGGAUCCGCGGCGCCAUCUACUACUUCAAGAUUGCUGUGGCCCUGGCCGUGGCGGCCAUCCCCGAGGGGCUACCGGCCGUGAUCACCACGUGCUUGGCACUGGGCACGCGCCGCAUGGCCAAGAAGAACGCAAUUGUGCGCAGCCUGCCCUCCGUGGAGACGCUCGGCUGCACCUCCGUCAUCUGCUCUGACAAGACUGGCACCCUCACCACCAACCAGAUGUCUGUCUGCAAGAUGUUCGUGCUGGACAAGGUGGAGGGGGACAUCUGCGCCCUCAGCGAGUUCUCCAUCACCGGCUCCACCUAUGCCCCUGAGGGGGAAGUGCUGAAGAAUGACAAGCAGGUGCGGGCCGGGCAGUACGACGGGCUGGUGGAGCUGGCCACCAUCUGCGCCCUCUGCAAUGACUCCUCCCUCGACUUCAAUGAGUCAAAGGGGGUGUAUGAGAAGGUGGGGGAGGCGACGGAGACCGCGCUGACCUGCCUGGUGGAGAAGAUGAACGUUUUCAACACUGACGUGCGCGGCCUCUCCAAGGUGGAGCGCGCCAUGGCCUGCAAUUCCGUGAUCAAGCAGCUGAUGAAGAAGGAGUUCACAAUGGAGUUCUCCCGUGACCGCAAAUCCAUGUCCGUCUACUGCACCCCUGCCAAGGCCUCGCGCGCCGCCGUCGGCAACAAGAUGUUCAUCAAGGGAGCCCCCGAGGGGGUGAUCGACCGGUGCAACUAUGUGCGCGUGGGGACAACGCGGGUGCCACUGACGCCGGUGGUGAAGGACAAGAUCCUGGGAGUGAUCAAGGAGUGGGGGACGGGCCGCGACACGCUGCGCUGCCUGGCCCUGGCCACCCGCGACACCCCGCCCAAGCGUGAGGACAUGGUGCUCGAGGACUCCACCAAAUUCAUUGAGUACGAGGUGGACCUGACGUUCGUGGGCUGUGUGGGGAUGCUGGACCCGCCGCGCAAAGAGGUGAUGGGCUCGAUCGAGCUGUGCCGCGACGCCGGCAUCCGCGUCAUCAUGAUCACGGGUGACAACAAGGGCACAGCCAUUGCCAUAUGCCGCCGCAUCGGUAUCUUCUCCGAGGAGGAGGAGGUGACAGGCCGCGCCUACACGGGCCGCGAGUUUGAUGACCUGCCGCCAGCUGAGCAGCGGGAGGCCUGCCGCCGCGCCUGCUGCUUUGCCCGUGUCGAGCCCACCCACAAGUCCAAGAUUGUCGAGUUCCUGCAGUCAUUCGACGAGAUCACUGCCAUGACGGGGGACGGGGUGAACGAUGCGCCGGCGCUGAAGAAGGCAGAGAUCGGCAUCGCCAUGGGCUCGGGUACAGCCGUGGCCAAAACGGCUUCGGAGAUGGUGCUGGCAGACGACAACUUCUCCACCAUCGUGGCGGCGGUGGAGGAGGGCCGUGCCAUCUACAACAACAUGAAGCAGUUCAUCCGCUACCUCAUUUCCUCCAACGUGGGAGAGGUUGUCUGUAUCUUCUUGACAGCAGCGCUGGGGCUGCCAGAGGCGCUGAUCCCGGUGCAGCUGCUGUGGGUGAACCUGGUGACCGAUGGGCUCCCGGCCACUGCCCUCGGCUUCAAUCCGCCUGACCUGGAUAUCAUGGACAAGCCGCCACGCAGCCCCAAGGAGCCACUUAUCAGUGGCUGGCUCUUCUUCCGCUACCUUGCCAUCGGAGGCUACGUGGGUGCCGCGACUGUGGGAGCAGCUGCCUGGUGGUUCUUGUAUGCUGAUGACGGUCCGGGCGUCACCUACUACCAGCUGUCACACUUCAUGCAGUGCACACAGCACAACGUGGACUUUGAGGGCGUGGAGUGCGAGAUCUUCGAGUCCCCUGUGCCCAUGACCAUGGCCUUGUCCGUGCUGGUCACCAUCGAGAUGUGCAACGCCCUCAACAGCCUGUCUGAGAACCAGUCACUGGUGCGGAUGCCACCCUGGGUGAACAUCUGGCUCAUGGGCUCCAUCUGCCUCUCCAUGUCCCUGCACUUUGUCAUCCUCUACUGUGAACCCCUCCCCAUGAUCUUCAAGCUCACGCCACUGGACCUGCCGCACUGGCUGAUGGUGCUGAAGAUUUCCAUCCCCGUCAUCCUCCUUGACGAGGUCCUGAAGUUCGCCGCCCGCAACUACCUAGAGGCGUAACUUCCUCCUCCCCCCUCCGUCUCCUCAGUCCUGUCUCACAGUGGACGCAGAGGAGAAGAAGAGACGGCAGCAGUGAUGCUGUGGGCAGCUGUGGGAGCAGAGAAGACAUCCGCAGUUUCCCCCCUGCCCCCCCAUCUCCCUG